AAUCCAUCAUCGUCGAUCUCUGCAGCGGAAGAGAGUAGAGAGCGAGCAUGGAGCACACAGUUUGGGGCCACUUGCCUCUGCUGGUGAAUUCCAACUCCAAAGAAUCGGUGGAGUACAUCCUUCAGGCCCUUUGGAGAACUCGCAAGACCGGCCUCGACGCCACUGACCGCCAUUUUAUUGCGGAAAUGCUUCAGCUCCCGAACCACUCCGACCUCGACCCUCUUUUGGUAUGUUUACGCAUGUUGAUGCGGAAGUGUGUUUAUGAAAAUAUCAGUAAGGAUGAAAUUCAAAAGCUGUUCCCCGAUGAGGUCCUGCCUGAAUUACAAAGAUUAUUGACACUUUUGCUGCAAAAGUUUCAAAGGGAAUGGCGGGAAGAUGUACUCAACGAUCAGGUUAUUAUGCCCCGUUUAAAGGCAAUGACAUGGAAUAUGGCCAAUCAGGAGACAGAAAUGUUAGACCCUGUGGCCGUUAUUAAUUUGAAGCUUCAAAAUGAUGCACAAUCUCAUUCAGGAGAAUUGGAAGUGAAGUUCCAAUUGGAUAAAGAUACACUUGAAACGAUGUUGAAGUCCAUGUACUCUAUAAGAGACCAAUUGUCUGAUGUCGGUGAGACAUCAAAUGGACAUUUACCUCAGGAGACAAAUACGGUGUAGUUUGCCAAUAUGCCUCAACAGGACAGAUUGAGUGGGUGGGCAGAACCGCCUCAGUUGGGUUUCUCAACAAACCGUCCCUGCUUCAAAACCCGCCUGUAACCAACAGUGUUUCUCAGUGUGGACGAUGAAUGAGGGUUGAAAUGCAACAAGAAUCAGACACUGUGAAGAUUUUUCUUGUGAAAACCACAGUUUCAAACUUUGUUUCUAGUCUCUAUGUGAUUUACAUUUUCUCAGUUUAUACAUAUUUUAGCGGUGGACAUCAAUCGCUAUUUUCAUGUCCUACAUGUGAACAUACUUUUUACAAGCCACGAGGAUUCUGAUGACAGGUGAUAUGCAUUUGGCA